UUGUCCUUAGCCGCGGAGGUUUGGACCCGCCACAGAGGAUUUUCCUUGGGUGCAACAUCACCUCUUCCCGCCCACGCCGCUCUUAUCUACUGUGUAUUGCGCCAGGUGCGUAUAUUAUACUCCAAUAAUCGCAUAGCGUAUAAAGACGCUGAAUCCGGCGGCGACGGAAUCUUUCUACUCAAAGGAAUAUACCUGGAAGGAUUGCAUUUCGCUGAGUGCUCUGUGGACUUCAAGCUUGUGGUCGUUGUUUAGCGCUCCAUGCCAGUGUUUACCUCUUGCGCCUUGAUCGCUCCGAGAGUCAUCCGGUGAUUAUAUUAGGACAAUCCCCAAUAACAGCCACCCAUGUCCGCGGAUUUGUUCGCAGAAUUUGGUACUGGUAUCAGUCCCAACCAGACUUCAGAAACUAUAAGCCAGCGGCCUACGAGACACCAAUCAACUUCUCUGGUCCCCGACCUGGACUUCUUUGAUGAUACGCCCUCGUCACCAUUCUCAAAUCAAGCAGGCCAGUCCGCUGCAGCAGGCUCACAAUGGCAAAGCCCAUCCUGGAGCAUGUCACCUGUGCCAGGGCUAGCACAGCAGUAUAGUGUUAAUGAUGUGCUUUUUGAUGCCACUCUUGAGACUUCCUCAUACGAUGAAACCGAAGACUGGGGCGAGUUCGAAACGGCAGACGUGUCUAAUCAACGCGCACCUGUAGAGGAACAAAGAAUCAAGGCCUCAGUUUCUGCGUCACGUCCGACGAAAGCUCAAGAGGCCUUUGAUCUGCUAGACUCACUGUCGCUUGACGACAAACCGUCUGCACCCGGCAAGCCGACCGGGGCAACACAGCCGAAAGUCAACACUCAGAAGUUGCACAAAGUAUCGCCGUCCGCAAUACCGUCAUUGCCUAUUGAAGAUGAUGACCCUUUCGAGGAGUGGGGUGACUUUGUGGAUGGGCCAGCUACAAAUCAAAGUCAAAGGCAGGACUUAAAGGCACCAGUGUCAUCGACACAAUCUAGAUCUGUCCCGGGCAGACCAAAAGUCCUACCUGCUACAACUAGUACUGCGCAUACCAGCGCAAACUUUACAGCCUCCAGUCCCGCCGUUGCUGCAGAACAGGUUCGCCCAAUCAACAUUCCACCACCAUCAGUGUUGUUGGAGCUGUUCCCUCAAUUGUUUGAGCAACUCCGACUUGAAGCCAUGGACGCGAGGAAGGAUAUGCAGCACAGCGAUAAAGUCGAACGUGCAGCGUGGGUAAUUCGGAAUACGCUCAAGACUGCGGCUCGAGUAGUUGCGGGCCGUACCUUGCGCUGGAAAAGAGACAAGAUCCUGAGUCAAAGUAUGAGGAUUGGCCCUGCAGGAAAGCCUGGCGGGAUGAAACUCAAUGCGGUCAACAAGAACGAGGAUGUCAAGGAGCAGCAAGAGGCUGUAGAUGUGCUCACCAUGUGGCGUGACAGGGCGGCGCUUUACAACUCGGUCAUUCAGGCUUCGGGAAAUCGCCCGGUUCCUAUCAUACAGGAGAAUGCUCGGGCAAUGACGCUCAGCGCCGAUCGGGGUGCACAUAAAUCAUCACAUGCUUGUGCUCUCUGCGGAUUGAAACGAGAUGAACGGUUGCCUAAGGUCGAUGAAAAUGUGGAGGAUAGCUUUGGCGAGUGGUGGACCGAACACUGGGGUCACACCGACUGCCGGCAAUUCUGGGAGAAUAACAAGGCUCUGCUGGGUCAACGAUGAAUGUAUAAAUGAACACCAAAGUUGAAAUACUGUUGGAUAAAGGGCCAAUUCCACCGGCCGCACAGACGCUCCAAUGAAGGUCAGCAAUCUGUCACUGGGUCUAUAUACGAGGGAAGGUGCAUGUGGCACACAUCACGCAUCUGUCUUCAGAGGCAAAGUGUAUAAUGGUUCAAAGGUCGGACAUGCCUAUCGGGUUCACAUCACGAGACAUGGAGAGCUUUGACAAGACACAAACCAGGUAUGCCCGUAUGUGGCUUGUCUAUAUUGUACCUAUAGUAUCUGAUUGUCCUCG